AUGAGUGAUACGAAAGACAUCGAAAAAGACACUUCAAUUCAAGCGCCUAGGCCGUCCUCUCCUAGGAAAUUUUUCGCGCGUAUAUAUGGACAUUUAGAAGAUUCGAGUGUUACACAGGAACGUCCGCAGCGUACGGAGAGUGAAUCCUCAUCGGAUUUGGAGAUUGGAGACGUUGAACCUAAUCAAGGGAACAGGUUCCAACAGCUGUGGCCGGCAUCUCCUCUGCCAGUGUGUCCACGUCCUAUUUUGCUACCCCAUCAUCAACUAGCGUUUGGCGCGGGCUUAGCAGCAUUUCUUGCACGUAGAAGACGAAAAGAAAGUCGACCACGGCGGCAACGUACCACCUUCUCAGCGCACCAAACUCUGCGAUUGGAACUUGAGUACGCUAGAGGCGAAUAUGUUGCUCGUGCUAGACGCUGUGAAUUAGCAUCUGCAUUAUCACUCAGUGAAACACAAGUAAAAAUCUGGUUUCAAAACAGAAGAGCUAAAGAUAAGAGAAUUGAAAAAGCUCAUCUAGAUCAACAAUACAGACAAUUGGCAGCAGCAUCAGGUUUCUUCCCCACAAUGCUGCCAUCGUACCCACCUCCGCCGUGCCCGUGCUUGCCAGUGCAACCGCCACAUAACGAUAAAUAAAUAUAAUGUAAAUUCUUAUCCACUAUCUCCAUUCUUAAAUAUAUACGGCAAAACCACAUUUGCCAUAAUAUGUAAAAUUGUUUAUUAAACACGAAUAUUACGUUUUUCCGCAUGAUUGCAUUGAACAUUGUGUUACGUAAAGACGAAAGUUUCAUGUGCAGAAAUUACAUAUGUAUCGUGUUUGUCAUUUAAAAAUAUUUAGCCAAAAAAGAACAGUUUGCAGCGCUAUUUAUUAAUUUAUAUAAUUAGUUCUAAAUACCAAAGGAGAACAAUUUUAAGUAUCGUAUGUAGGAACUAGGUACCUAUGACAAUGAAAAAAUGGCUCGAAAAAUAGAUUCUAGUCUACCCAUGACCACGUUCUGUGUUAUUUUAAAUUGCGUUUUUUUAUUUGUGAGCUACCAUGUGCAAAAAUGUAGGAGUCAAGUAUUUCGUAGAAAUCUUAUGGGCUUUCCAUGUAUUUAUUUUUUUUAAAUCUUUUUUUUUAAUGCCAAAUGUUUUUCUUCUUAAAAUCCGAGAAUGGCUCGUCUAAAUCAUCGUAUUGAUUUUCACGUUGUUUGAGGCACGUGGAUAAGGAGAGAAUAAACAUACCACGGAGGAUCCGGGACGGAUCUCUUGUUAAUUAUAAAAAAUAUAUAUUAAAUUGAAACUGUAAAUAAACUAGUCAAAGUUUUAACUUUUAGUGUAUGCUUUAAGAACU